AUUAGUUUUAGUUCAUAUGUUUAGUUUAUCUGUAACGGUCGUGCAAAUUUUAAGUUUAUCACUCAUUAGAACCAUUUCGUUCAGCUUCAUUCAACAACUAAACAAAAAAACAUGUUAAAUAGUAAGGUACCUACGUAGGUCUAAAAUUUUAUAGAUUUUAUUACGGGCCCAGAAACAUUAUUGUCACUAUAGAAUCAUCCCUAGGCACCAAGACGAACGAUUGCAUUUCGGACGAAAACAGUGAAUGGAACAAUAAUCCUCUGGCCUUUGAACGAUCAUCAUAGGACCUUUGAUGGAUCGGAAAAUGACGAAUGUGGUGGUCAUCGCUGUCACAGCCGUUCUGUUGCUGGUCACCGCGGAAACGGUGCUUGCGGCGAUCGCCGCCGCCGACAGCCAGCAAGACGUUAACAACGGCGCCGAUGGCGGAAUGAAGUCGCUGAACAUCGAGCUGAUCAAAUCGUCGAUACUGAACAAGCUGGGUAUGCAGCGGCCACCGGAGUUCAGCGAUCGGCUACCGCUGCAAGUUCUCGCGAGUAAGUACAGGAACGACCACGCAAGUUCCACGUUGGUGCCCUCAAAAAUCAGGCACAAGUCCAACCGGAUAGACGCGACCGGGGAUGGUGGCACCGACAUUCAGGGCCGCAAAACAGCCACCACGUCCACAGACAACGCUAUUAACAGCGACAACGACGAUGACGAUUAUCACGUCAAGACGCAAAAGCUCAUAGCAUCCGCUCAGCCACAUCCCACGGUGCAGAUUCUACAGGAUCAGUAUCCACUCUACUUCACGUUUUCCGAGCAAACUCAACAUUAUCGGAUCACCAAAGCAAUCUUGUGGGUGUAUAAGAGACGGUUGGACGUGGUCAUCGACAACUCGGUGGUUAUCAUCGACGUGUACAGAAUCAACCCAAUCAACUUGCAACAGUCAUUAGUUUCCAGCAUAAAGCGAGUUUUGAACACCAACGAACCGGGUUGGAUGCCCAUUGAAUUACAGAGAAAUAUGUCUGAUUGGUUCAAGACUAUUGAUGAGGUCAAGAACUUGACGAUAAUGAUACAAGCGUACUACACUAACAAGAACACCACGCACGACAAGACGCCGUACAUAACCGACGCCAGAAAAAGAGAUGAUAUUAGCGAGGGUUGCAGCACAAACGAUGAGAUUCGAGCACAAACCAACACAAACGUAGCACAAACGAAUGGCAUAAUUUAAAUUUGAAAAUUCUGAGGUGGGGGUGCAGUCAUUUUGCUGGCACCCCCAAUCAUUAUCCCUUAUAACUUCUUAAGGGUUGCAGCACAAACGAUGAAAUUCGAGCACAAUCCAGCACAAACGAAAGCCUUUGGUUUGAAUUGAAAAUUCGGAAGUGGGGGUGCCAGAGAAAUGCACCUCAAUAUUUAACAUAGGUAGGCGGAUAUCCAUUAAAAUUUCAGGGGGAGCUAACAUUAUUAACAUCAAUAUGAGCGAGGACUGGACAGACUUUUGGGGGGCUUAGCCCCCUCAAUCCUCCCCAACGAUUUCCACUAAUGGGCUGAUAUACAGCACUAAAAAUAGUGUUUCUUUGCAAUAGGUAUAUAAUGUAUUUGUGCAAAAUAAACGUAAAUGUUAUAAAAUACGAUUAAAUGAAUGUUCAAAUAAAAAUACAACGUGUAAUUAUCUAAUUUUGCUUGCCGUGCCACCCUAUUCCGUGUAAAGUCGAGAGUGUAUUGUAAUAAAUAAAGUAAUAAUAUGAUGAAACUAUUAUAAUUUAUAAAUGUCUUGGGCCUCGGACUAUAAUUUAUUGAUUGAUUAAAUUGUAAGACUAAUUUCAGAGACCGUUGAUUAGAACGGGGUUUUUGGUAAGUAAAGGAGUACCAAAAUACAAAAUAGUGCAUACAUUUUACUUUUUAUAAGCAGAAACUCUAAUUUUUUUUCUACAGAUU